UACGGCUUUAAUGUCAAGCUGCUUAAUUAAUUAUUGGCCCCACUCCGCCCAUCCUGCAAUCACAUCUAUCACGCCGCGCGCAAGAAGCCAGGGAAGGGGAAACAAACGAGCCGUACCAGCCAUGUCUUCCCCCCAGCCGUCCCACGAGGUCCACAGCAGCAGCGGCGGUUCCAGCGUCGCCGGAAUCGGCAGCUACAGGGUGUGCGACACGGUGGUGCUCUUCUGCCUCGCCUUCGCGUGCGGCCUCAUCGUCGUCACCGUGGCCGUCUGCUUCAAGCGAGCCUUCGCGCAGCGAGAAGCGGCGGCGUCCGGGGCGGCGGCGGGCGGCGGCAGGAGAAGAGGCGGCGGCCGGCGCGGGGGGCUGGCACCGGCGGAGCUCGCGGCGAUCCCCAAGGCCGCGUACCGGAGGGGCGGCGGCGGCGGAGGAGGGUGGGCGCAGUGCGCGAUCUGCCUGGGCGUGGUGCGGGACGGGGAGGUGGUGCGGCGGCUGCCGGCGUGCGGGCACCUCUUCCACGUCGAGUGCGUCGACAUGUGGCUCUACUCGCACGCCACAUGCCCGCUCUGCCGCUGCGACGUCGUCGCCUCGGCCGCCGCCGCCGCCGACAAAGUUUGAGCUGCCCGGCCGCCGCUGGAGCAAUGGGUCUGUCUGCACUGCACUUCUGUAUAUACACUAGGUAGAAUUUCGUAUCGAGAGAUUUACAAGAUUCUCCUACUCUUGAUUGUUUAGGCAUCUCUUUGACAUGUUCUUUAUACUCAAUUUAGUUGAGUGUGGCCUUUGGUUGAUUUUAUUUCGUGCAA